AUGGGACUCGCCAAGCUGCGCGGCAAAAAGCUUACCCGUGUCAUUGGAGUCAUCGGCGCGAUCGGGUUCAUCUUGCAGGGCUACGAUCAAGCAGUCGCCAAUGGUCUCCUCACACUCCCAGCUUUCAUUCGAGUGUUCCCAGAAAUCGAUACUCUGAAUACGAAGGGAGCCCAGAAGUCCCACAACUCAACGAUCCAAGGGACUACGGUCGCAAUCUAUGAGGUCGGUUGUGCGAUCGGUGCGCUUUCAUGCGGUGUCCUCGGUGAUAAACUUGGUCGGCGCCGGACGAUUUUCCUAGCAGGAUGUAUCGCCAUUGUUGGCGUCAUCAUCCAGGCUACACCCUUCUCGCUGGGCCAGCUUAUUGCCGGGCGGGUCAUCACGGGUCUAGGAGUCGGUGGUUUCACAGCGACCGUUCCCAUGUAUGUCUCGGAAUCAUCCAGCGCUGAAUCCCGUGGACGCAUGGUACUGCUGCAGGGCUGGUUUGCCAUUAGUGGUGUAGCGUUGGCAACGUGGCUCGAGUUUGGAAUGUACUAUGCGGGCCACAGUGAGGCCAGCUGGAGAUUUCCCAUCGCGUUCCAGGCACUCUUUGCCAUCGUGGUUGUCUCGUUCAUCUUUUUUCUCCCGGAGUCGCCCCGUUGGCUGGCACGGGUUGGCCGGGAAGAGGAGGCCGCGAGCACUUUGGCGAGACUGGAGGAUGUCUCGGUCGACUCGGAGCAUGUUGCCCAGGAGCUUGAGAUUAUCCACGAGGCCCUCGCAGGUCCGACCGAUGGCGAUGCGGCGCAACUGUCGACCAAUCCAUUCGCUCGCAUCAAUAUCCACCGGACCUUGCUCGCCAUUGGAGUCAACAUUCUUGCGCAGAUGACCGGUGUCAACAUCAUUACCUUCUACAGUGAUUCGAUCUUCGAAUCCGAGCUCGGUUACUCGGGCACCAUCGCGCGCAUCAUCAGCGGAUGCCUGCAGAUCUGGCAAGUGUGUGCAGCUGGUCUAGCCAUUCUUCUCAUCGAUCGCUUCGGUCGCCGUCCUUUGCUUAUCGGCGCCGCAACGGGCAUGACAAUUGCCCAGGCUUGUCUUGCGGGGCUGUCCAGCGAUCUGAGCAAUCAUGGGGCAGCUAGCGCGUCGCUGCUGUUUUAUUUCAUUGCUCUUUUCUGUUUCCCGAUCGGUCUCUUUCUGAUCCCAUUCAUGUACGCCGCUGAGAUCGCCCCGCUCCGCAUCCGUGCCAAGGUGACUGCCAUGGCGGCUGCCGCGAACUGGAUUUUCAAUUUUGUCAUUGCAGAGGCCUCGCCGACCGGCUUUGCCACUAUCUCUUGGAGAUACUAUAUCAUCUAUGCGUGCAUCAGUGCCUUUGCGCUGUGUGUGUUCUACUUCCUCUGCCCUGAGACUAAGGGGCGGACGCUGGAAGAGAUUGAGGAGAUCUUUGUGACUUCCAAAUCCAUCUUCCACACUGUCAAAGUCGCCCGCGAUAUGCCUUACCAAGCUGAGCUGCUCAACUAUGCGGAAGACGCAGAGAAAGGAGGGAUUGACAGCAAGCAAAUCGAGGACGUCGGGGCCAAGGGGAACGCGGCCUAA